AUGGCUCUGACAGCGGGCUACGAAGCGGUACGAGAGAUGUCUAGACGGUAUGAGGAGCGUUUGGCGUCGAAGAUGGAAGGGGUGCCUCGCAACGGCACCCUCAACCUCGCUGGCGAACGCGGCUCACUAUUGGGAUUCUCAGGCAGUGCGGUGCAGGCGGAAGAGCAGAAGGGGAAGGUGGUUAAGGCGGCGCUGUAUGGGAUUCAGGUAUUCUACUCGUUCUUCAUCAUGCUACUAUUCAUGACAUACAACGGCUGGAUCAUGAUCGCGGUUGGUGUGGGGGCUUUCUUGGGCUAUCUGAUAUUUGGUGGCGGGAGCAUACAGAAGAGCGCUGCUUGCCAUUGA